AUGGCCGCGGGAGGAGCAUCUUUGGUGUUUGCUACAAGCAGUGUGGUCUUCGGGGCGGUGACAUACUUGAUUGAUGCUGCAAAGGGAGUCAGCAGCUCAUACGAUGCAAUUGAGGAGCUUAUGAAAAGUCUCAAGAUCAGCAUUCAGGAGGAGAUUUCAAAAGACCUUGGUGAAGAGCUCAGCGACAUCAUUCUCACGAUCAUGGAAGUAUUUGCCUUGUCCACACGAGAAAUGCAUCGGGGCCGCCUGCGCAACUUUGGCCGCAAUAUUCUUCUCGGGAACGACGAUGCGAUCACCGGAGCCGUUGCCAAACUCGAUAAGUUAACUCAAGUCGAAACAGGUCUCGUCCAAGCUGAGACACUGACCCUGACCAAGAGGACUGGUCGUACUAUGAAUAAUGUGGCAAGCACCGUGAAUACCACACAUGCCGCUGUGCAGGAGACUGGAUCAGCUAUCAACCAGAUGUCAACUCAAAUGACCGAGGUACAUGAGAAACUUGACAAUCUGCUCGUAUCAGCCAACGAGGCCCAGCAGUCUCAACUGGAGAUAGUUCGCCAUAUCUUGAGGCCCUCGCAACCGGACUCGGCGCAAACGUGGUAUGACAGAAUAAGCAAGACGCAUGUCCCAGGAACAGGAGACUGGGUCCUCAAGGAGAAUAUCUUCAAUUCUUGGGUCGAACAGGGUACCCCUAUUAUAUUCGUAUCGGGGAUUCCCGGGGCCGGCAAAUCCUACCUCACGGCGAGCAUGAUUGCAUUCCUAAAAGAUCAAUUUGCACCACAUAAUGAUACCCAAGUCUCUACUGCAUACUUAUUUUUCAAGGAUGAUAAUCCAGAUACACGCUCUGUGCACCAAGCACUCCGAGACUUGGCUUAUCAAAUUUGCAUCACCAAUGCCACCUAUCAGAAACACGUUAAAAAUGUUCAAGAUUACAUGGAUAUCAGCUCUAUAGAAACAGCAUGGAGGAGGCUUUUUGUGGAUUUCUUUUUGAGAGAUCCCAAUCUUCUUAAUAAGGUGUACAUUAUUAUGGACGGCGUGGACGAAGCCGAUGACGAAGAGCGACGACUCCUCUUUAGUCUGGCCAAAGAUGUUCAAGAAACUCCGGGUCAGCUAAUUUCCAUUUGGCUCUCACUGGACGACCACACUUGA